UUUGAUAAGCAAUAUUCAUUGACUUAAUCAACAUUUUGUUAAGAUUUAACAUAACCUUGACAUGUAUUAUCAUUUAUAAAAAUAGAAUCUUAAAGUUAUAAAGACUUAAAUGUAUUGGAAAUAACGAGAGUAAUAAAGAAAUGGCCAAAAUCAUGAAGAUAUCAAAAUUUAAUAUUGUACCAGCUACAAAAAAACAUACUGCCACUUUAUUUUUCUUCCAUGGUUCUGGAGAUUCUGGAAACAAUUUAAAGAACUCAAUUGAUAUGCUUAACAGAGAAGAAUUAAAGUUCCCUCAUAUAAAAAUUGUCUAUCCUACUGCACCUGCUCAACCUUAUACACCAAAUAAUGAAAUGAUAAGCAAUGUAUGGUUUAAUCGUAAAAAUAUAUCAAAUAAUGUUUCCGAAGAAGAACAUUCCAUUAAUUCAAUAUGUCAAAUAUUGGUGCAGUUGAUAGAUGCGGAAAAAUCUAAUGGAGUCCCAUGCAAUAGAAUAAUUGUAGCUGGUUUUUCAAUGGGUGGAGCAUUAUCAUUAUAUUUAGCAUAUAGAUUUAAAUUAUCAUUAGCUGGUUGUGUUGCAAUGUCAUCAUUUCUUAAUAAAAAUUCAUUUGUAUACCAGUAUUUAGAAAAUAAUAAAAUGGAAAAGACACCACCACUUUUGCAAUUUCAUGGUGAUUUGGAUAAAAUAGUUCCAAUCGAAUGGGGGAAAGAAACUUAUAACAAUCUUAAAAAGCUUGGUGUAAAUGCAACAUUUGUACCAUUAAAGAAUAUAGAUCAUGAAUUAAUUGUAACAGAAAUUCAACACUUUAAACAAUGGGUUAAUAAUAUUUUACCAGAACAAUAAUUAUAUUAUAUAAAAUUAUUUAAAGAAAAUAUAUACUUUACAUAUCGUUUGUGUAUAUA